AUGCCGGGAGCUGCUCGUGAGCUGCUUGGCGUGCCGACGCCUGGAUGCCACGGCUAUCGAUUGGAUGAUACAAUUGUCACUGUCUCUCCGGACAACGUAAGGCAGAUGGUGGAUACCUCCAGGCCUCGCUUUGUGCAGUCCGCCCUGCGUUGCGUUGGCCCCGGCCCCCUGGGCGCUGUGGGCACGGCGCAGGGCACGGCUCAGACGGCUCGCUGCGAUGAUGCAGCCGUGAGGGCUGAUCUGCGGUGCCGAGCACCGGACUUCAGCAGAGGGUUGGCGGAUCUCCUGCCAUAUGCCCGCGUCAUCCUUCAGCCACUGAUCUCCCAGCGGAUCAAUACCGACGUAUUUGCGGAAGUUCUGCCCUGGUAUGCACGUGCCUGGGCAACACGGGGGCAGUUGCAUUGUGCCAUUGUGCAGCUUCUCUUUGCACUGGCGGAUGCACGUUCUAAGGUGCUAGCAGUGGACAAGAGCUCAGAUGUAGUCCGAGCAGCACGGGACUUCUUCGCAUAUCGUGGUGCGAUACUUAGCUUGACAAGCAUGCAUUUCCUCCACCCCACCCCCCCGCCCACCCCCCCCCGGCCCUCUUGUGGGGAGGAACCACAGCUUCUUUCCUCCCCUCCCCUUGUAGUCUGCGCCUCCCGUGGUCUUCGUGGGCCGGUCGUGUUAGCCACGGUUUUUGCCCCUCGUGACGGUGAGCAUCCUUGUGAAAAGCGCAGCAGGGGUUACGAUUUGGAGGCCCCACCGCUUCUUGACGAUUGA